AUGCCAUCUUCAAGAUCAGCCGAUUGCACAUCCGCCAUGUCUAUUGAACAUUACAAUUCCAGCGUGGCAAGCGAAUACAUUGUUGACAGUGACUUGCCUCCUCUGAGCAGGGCAAACAGCUCUCACGACGAAGAGAGAUACCCGUACCGUGCUGUUGAGACAUGCGGUGGCUGCAUGAAUGAUUUUCCAGAAGACGAAACUGCCGUAAUGGCCUGCACCCAUGAAUUUUGCGAACCCUGUUUCUCCUUGAUGAUCGAAAGAUCGCUCGACGGCAGUUCUGCCUUUCCACCACGUUGCUGUGACAUCCUAUUCACAAGGGACUAUGUAUAUCCUCACAUCAGCAAAGAGACUAUAAGGAGAUUCGAGGAGAAGCAGAUCAUAUACGAGACAUUGGAUCGUACCUACUGCAGCAACGUCGAAUGUCAGACGUUUAUCCCACCCUGGACUAUCGAAUCGGACAUAGGCUACUGCCCAUCAUGCCCGCAGAGAACUUGUGCGAAGUGCAAGAAUCCAGAACACACGGGUCGCUGUGUCGUGGACAAAGGAAAGAACAAACUGUUGGCCUUGGCGAAGAAAAAGGGAUGGAAGCCCUGUCCCAGAUGUGGGCAGCUGAUCAAUAAAACAUCGGGCUGCGAGCACGUCAUUUGUCCAUGCGGAAAUGAAUUCUGCUUUCACUGUGGAGCGGACUUCGCGGGUCAUAUCUGUCCCAGGGAGGGAUUGUGUACUUCCAUUUGCAUCGACUUGCUCGUGGAUGCGGGACGUUGCGCCUUGAGGGGACUAUUCAUGCCAGUUCGAUGGACACGACGCAGGUUGAGGGAUCAAGCUCAAAACGAGGCGGUGUCUAACUACUGGUGA